UUCAAGGGAGACAAUUUAAGCUGCUGUCUGUUGUUUAAUGUCUGUGGGAGGGGGCAGGGCCAGAGUGUCUGUGGUGUCUUCCACUGCUGUCACCUAGAUCAUCACUAAAACAGUCUGUCUGUUUUUUUAUGUUGUUCGGUGUCUUCUCAGCCUUUUGAGAGUCAAAGAUGCAUCCAUCACAAGUCAGGAUUAUAUGGAGACUGACAGAAAAGCUGCAGAGGUUUUGACAACAACAGGGUAAAAGCAGUACUUGUGCCCUGAGUAACCCCGGAAUGGCCCUUCUUGUGCCAAGUCUCUUCUCUUCACUGCUACUCCUUUUAUCUCUGCACACAGCUGCAGGCAUGUCAGGCUGGGCUGGAUGUUUAGAUGGUGAGGAUGUAUUUGCUGCAAUCAAAGAAAACAGCCUCUCCGGGGACAUUGUCUCCGAACUUGCGGUCGACACCACAACAGAGGGAGUUCAGUGGAGUUUGGUUGGAAAGGACGCUGACUGGUUCUUCCUGGAUGGGAAAAACAUCCGUCUGAAUGCAUCAGCUGACAAAAUCUUGGACCGAGAGUCCCUUGGUCCAAUUCUAACAGCAGAGUUAUUAUGUAAUGAGGAGAACGUCCUCCAGAGUAUCAACAGGAUCAUUGUAAAGAUUCUUAAUGAAAAUGAUAAUUCACCUGUAUUUGAAAACAAAGAGCAAACUCUUUUUAUCAGUGAGCUAACAAAGGUGAACACCGUGGUUUUUACCGUCCGAGCUACAGAUGCAGAUAAUGACAAGAUCAUUUAUGCGAUAGACCAGACAUCUCCUAAUGCAGAGUACUUUAAGAUUGACCUUCCCAACAGUGGAAGGGUGAUCCUGUCCAAACCUUUGGAUUUUGAAACCAAACCUCUCCUCACCGUCACCGUUUUUGCUUCGGAAAUGAACACAGCAGAGCGCUACAAUACCAGCAUCAGCAUUACCAUCCACGUCCUUGAUGGAGAUGAUCAGUACCCGCAGUUUGAGCCCUGCAUGUUGCUUUUCCAGGAUGAGAAAAGUCAAAUCUGCACCAGCCCUGUGUACACCACCAAUGUAACAGAAGGGCAAGAGGACAUUGUGUUGGAUUUUUUCCCCGCUCCCAUUCAUGCAGUGGAUGGAGACAGAGGGCUCAGCUCUCCAAUCAGUUACGCCAUUCUUCCAGGAGAUGACGAAGCUCAUUUUAAGAUGGAUCGAAAGACAGGUGUGAUAAGAUUGACUCAGGGGGUGAGGGACAGGCUUAUGACUCCUGUGCUGCGACUCCAGGUCAUGGCAUUCCAGGACGACGACCCUAUGAAGUAUUCUGUUGCAACAGUGUUGGUCCGAAUCAUAGCAGAGAAUCAGUUCUAUCCGGAGUUUGACAUGCCUGAAUAUAGAGGUUUUGUAAUCGCAGGAAAGAGCCCUGUUUCUCUGGUCAACACCUACGGCAGCAAAGCUCUGAUUUUGCAUGUGCGAGACCAAGACUUCAGACAGGGGUUUAAUCCAAUGAUUGACUUCUCCUUUAGUCCUACAUCUAAUUACACAGAUAUCUAUCAAGUGACACACGGGGGGCUCUUAAUUGCAAAGGCUUGCCAUAUUAAACCGAAGCAAAAACAUGUUUUAGAGAUAAUGGCUGUAGAUCAGGAGUCGGGUGAUGCCACUUUUGCGACAGUCGUAGUGGAGGUGUUAUCUGAAGGACAAUCAAUCCCUCAUCAUCCACUUGGAGAUGACCGCCUGACAGGCUGCACAGUAGGCAAAGCCUUGUUUCUGAGCAUGAUGUUCCUGGCCGUGCUUGGAUGUGUCCUCUUGAUGCUCAUGUGGCUGAAGAAAAAGCAUAGGGGGAUGAAGGGCCCACUGGAGAGAGGUUGCGUGGCUCAGUGCAAACACCCCAAUGUGAGCUUACGGUGGUUCCAAUUGGUGAGUCAUGGCAGUGCCAUGCCACACAUGGAGGAUGUCCACCACAACAACGCGGAAGGCGGCACCUGCAAUCCCUCCUUCAGCUUCCUGGACAAACCCAACACUGAUCGAGACACCUCCCCCAGUCGGGAGCCGGUUUCAGCUAAAACAACGGUUUCAUUUGACAUCACUGUCAUCCCCAUUGAGACUGUGUCUGUGAAUCUCAACAAUAACGCAGGUUCACCAAAUAAAAUGAGUUCACCCACCUUUCACAUAGAGAAGGAGGAGUUGAGCACCACACGUGAGGGUCAAGAAGCUCCGCCCAAAGACGAAAGUCCCGGCUCGCCAUCCGGAGGGACAACAGAGGCGACUGAAACAGAAUUCAACAGGAGCCUAAAGCCUGUAAACCAGGAUGGUACAGAAACUUUACCUGAUUCACAAGCGGGUGCUGACCUUGAUGAUUUGGUCACCAGCCCCCCAUCUCCAUUCAGCAACCCAUGCAGCCAUGCUCAAAGUUCUUUAGAAGAAUCUGACGACCUCGUCCAAAAAUCAUGCUUGGCAAUAGAUGACCAGACUUCUCCCUUCUCUGAAGUGACAGACUCAAGUCCGCCCACACCAGAACACGGACCUUUGAAAGCUGUGUUGGUGCAUAUAGACACAACUCCAACUGACACACCUCCAGAAACACCAGAGGCAACAGCAAAAGCUAUGCAUCCAGGGGAUGACCAGCCGUGCACGUCACUGGACCAAGGAGAGCCAUCAGAUUGCGUGGAAGAGAGCGCAGACACAGAGAGUCCAUGUCAGGACAAAAUUACAUCAGAAAACAUCCAAGAUGUCUGCACAGAGAAGGAUGAGCAAGAUGGUUGCCUUGGACAUGGGGAUGCAGACCAAAACAGGGAGAGUGAGGGUGAGUUAGAGUCAGACGAAGAAGAGCUCCUGAGAGUGAUGAUGCGUUGUAAUCCUAUUUUCAUUACAUUUAGUAAGUGAUGCUACUAUGAUAUCACAGGCACCAAGACUGUUCCGGCAGACGGCAGAAGAUGGAGCAGGUGAGGGGGAGACGGAGCAGCGCAUGUGAGGAAAGACCAUCAAGCUGUUAGACAAACCCCACAGUCUGGAGGUGCUGAAAAGUGAAAGGAGACAGGGCGCAUGAUCAUUUAACAGACAGAUAUGGACUGUAUAUAAGAAUGUAAACGUAGAAGAAAAAAACUUCACUAAUAUCAUGUAUUUUCAAUUAUACAUUUUGACUACAUAAAAAUUAGAAACUAUAUAGCUAAAGCACUGUAGGUUCUAAAAUGUUGUGACUGAAAAUGGACUGUACUUUACUUGAAAUGAUUAAAAUUAUUAUAAAUUAUUGUUA